AUGGCAUGUCCGAUGGCGAGUAAUGCCGGCGAAAUGCCGGCCAACCACCCAACCACGGCCCAUAGCAGCGAAAAGAUGGAGGAAGUACCCAUCCCGCAGCCUCAACCCCGGUUUCUGGUUGGCAACCUCUUCGAAAUGGAUCCGGACUUCCCCUCACGAUCAGUUCAACGGAUGGCCAAAACGUAUGGAGAGAUCCUGCAACUUCAACUUCCCGGGCGGCGGAUUAUCGUCGUCUCUUCACAACGACUAGCCGACGAAGUCUGCGACCAGGAACGUUUCUUCAAAGAACCGUCUAGGGUUCUGAGAGAGCUACGGCCAUUGACCGGAGAUGGCUUGUUCACCAGUGCCCACAAAGAUGGACGAGCGAUGAAGAGGGAGGAGAACUGGUGGAAAGCUCAUCGAUUACUGGUCCCUGCAUUCGGUCCGCUCGGAUUGAGAAAAAUGGCAGAAGAUAUGAUUGACAUCUCGGCACAGAUGAUGUUGAGGUGGGACCGACUUGGCGAGAACCACCUUAUCGACUGCUCGGACGAUUUCACGAGGUUGGCGUUCGACACAAUUGGUCUCUGCAGCUUUGGGUACCGAUUCAACGAGUUCUACAGCGAUGAAGCACAUCCUUUCGCCACACAGAUGGCAGAUGUGCUGAAGAUGUCUGGGCGGCGGACUAAUAGGACAGAGUUCCAGAAUUGGCUCCAUCGCUGGGAGGAGCAGGACCGACAGGAGAAAGUAGCAUCGAUGCUCGAGCUGGUGGACCAGAUCGUCGAGGAGCGAAAGGCGCAUCCCAAGCCGGUUGCGAAGGACCUUCUCAACACCAUGCUCUACUCCGUCGAUCGGGAGUCAGGUGAGACCCUGACGAAGGAAAAUGUUGCGUUCAAUAUGGUCACCUUCCUUGUUGCCGGGCACGAAACCACUUCCGGGACGCUAUCUUUCCUCUGGUACAACCUUCUCAAGAACCCGGAAGCAUUCCAUAAGGCUCAGAAGCAGGUCGACGAAGUUGUUGGCGACCACGUCCUGUCCGUGGAAAUGCUACCCAAGCUGACCUACAUCGAUGCAUGCAUCAAGGAGACGCUGCGGCUCAAUAGUCCGAUUCCGUUGUUCUCAGUUAUCCCAACAGACGACACUCUCCUCGGCGGCAAGUAUCGUAUUGAAAAGAGCGAUGCUAUCACCGUAAACCUGGCGGGUGUUCACAACGAUCCUGCAGCAUGGGGCCCAGACCACGGCGAGUUCCGACCUGAAAGAUUCUUGGACGGCAAGUUUCAGAACUUACCCUCCUCGUCUUGGAAACCCUUCGGCAACGGUCUGCGGGCAUGCAUCGGACGCGGCUUUGCAGAACAGGAGAUGCUGCUCAACACUGCCAUGAUUCUGCAACGCUUCAGUCCAGAAAUGGCUGAUCCAGGCUACGAUCUGGAGAUCAAGUCUACACUGACGAUCAAGCCCGAAGGUUUCUACAUGAGGGUGCGACGUCGGCCAGGAAAGAGCCUGUUGACUGGUAUUCCAGGCGGCGUGCCGAGUAAAGCGGACCACAAGCAGGCUGCUGAUGAGAAGAGCGAAGCCGCCGCUGGGGUCGGUGCAAAGGAAAAGCAGAAAUCUGUUUCGAUCUUCUUUGGAGGAAACAGUGGCACAUGCGAGGGCUUCUCACAAGCGCUGGCAACCAGUUUGAGUGAGCGCGGUAUCCAAGCUGAGAUUUCAAAUCUGGACAGCGCGGCAGAAAACCUCAGUAAGGACACUACGAACUUCAUCAUUACGGCAUCGUACGAAGGUCAACCUCCUGACAACGCCAAAAAGUUCGUUUCGUGGUUGCAGACGCUGGAGGGUUCCGACACACUGAAGGACGUCAAGUACUCCGUAAUGGGAGUCGGUAACUCCGACUGGGCCUCAACAUUCCAUCGUAUCCCCAAGCUGAUUGAUGAGAAAAUGGGGGCAGUUGGAGCGGAGGCGGUCCUUCCUGCAGGCUUCACCAAUGUCAAAGCAGAUCUUAUCGGGCCCUUCGAAGACUGGUCAGACGCUGUGGUGAAGACAUUGACAGCUGCGGGCGGGUCUCCCAUGCAGGAUGAGAAGCCAACACUCAAGGUAUCUGUCGAACGCAGCUCCGUCGCAAAACAGCUCGGAGAGGAGAAGAUGGGCACUGGGAUUGUACUCAAGAACGAACAGCUGGCAGACACAUCCGUGGGCCUGGAGAAGAGGCAUAUGGACGUCAGACUGCCACACGGCAUGAAUUACAAAUCUGGAGAUUAUCUUGUUGUUGCGCCGCGCAAUCCAGAAGAAGCUGUGCACAGGGUCAUGCGGUACUUUGGCUACGACGAGCAAACCAAGAUCAGCGUCACAGGGUCGAAGAAGACGUUCCUACCCAGUACGCCGACUCCAGUCGAGGCCUUCCUCAGAGACUACGUCGAACUGGGGUUUCCCGUCACCAAACGACAACUGAAGAUCAUUGCCGGCUAUGCAAAGGACCACUCUGCCGACCAUCUCCUGAAGGACGAGGUUGGCGAUAAGCUGUCCGAGAAGCGUUACUCGAUCGUGGACGUCCUGAUCGAGAAUCAUGUCAGCCUUCCCUUCGAUGUCUACAUUGACAUGCUUCUUCCUUUGACACCACGGCAAUAUUCCAUAUCCUCCAGCCCGCUCGCAGAAGGCCAUGAGGACAUCGUGUCCCUGACAUACGACGUACACUCCGCACCCGCCCUGUCCGGACACGGCAUCUUCGAAGGCGCCUGUUCCACCUUCCUCUCCGGACGGAAACCUGGAGAUGCCGUCUCCUGCUUCGUGCGCCAAACUAACGUCGGCUUUCGUCUUCCGGGAGACCCCCAGACCCCGAUCAUGAUGUUCUGCGCAGGCACAGGCAUCGCUCCGAUGCGUGCCUUCCUCCAAGAGCGAGCCGCCAUAGCAGAAGCUGGCUCACGCAAGCUAGGUCCGGCCCUGCUCUUCUUCGGCUCUCGAGACGCCGAGAAGGACUACCUCUACAGGUCUGAGCUGCUCGAGUGGGAGAAGCUGGGAAUCGUGACGCUGUAUCCCGCGCACAGCCGAAUGCCGGACAGUGGCACGGAAGGCCAUCCCAAGUACGUCCAAGAUGCCAUCUACGAGCAUCGUGAGGAGUGCGCGAAGCUGUUCACCGAGGAAAAUCAAGGCCGUAUCUAUGUCUGUGGGAGCGCAGCGAAGCUGGGACAGAGCUGUGCAAAUGUUUGUAAGCAGAUCUAUUCUGAGAGGAUGGGCAAGGAUGAGGAAGAGGCAGAGGCAUGGCUCCAGCGUGUACGGACGAGCCGGUACGUGAGCGAUGUAUAUUAA